AUGGCCAAGCUUUUAUGUCUGCUUUACGCACUUUUCUUCAUUCUCUAUUUCUCCCACCCAUCGCACGCAAUUAGGGUUUACGAUGUUGUAAGUUUUGAAGCUAAAGCCGAUGGCACAGUGGACUCGACCUUGGCCUUCCAUAAUGCAUGGGCUGCAGCUUGCGCAUCAGCAGAUUCUAGCACCAUAAAUGUGCCAAAGGGAACCUACUUGCUUGCCUCUUUGGCCUUGGGUGACUGCAAAAGCUCUUAUGUCACUUUCCGAAUUGAUGGAACGCUAAUGCCUCUUUGGGAUGGGGCGGAGGCGGAUUAUCGUAAUGAUUAUUGGCUCAGCUUUGAAGGUUUUACCGGCGUUUCCAUUACUGGAGGAUCACUCGAUGCCAAAGGCCCUGCCUUGUGGGCUUGCAAAGCUUCCGCUGCUGACUGUCCCACUGGAGCCACGGGUAUUGAUGGAUUAAUGUCAGUAAACAGUCAGAUGUUCCAUAUUGUGUUUAAUGGGUUCCAAAACGUACAUGUUGAAAGAGUGAAAAUCAUAGCCGCUGGUGACAGUCCGAACACAGAUGGCAUUCAUGUCCAAUUAUCACAGGAUGUCACAAUAAUGGAAUCUACCAUCAAAACAGGGGAUGAUUGCAUCUCCAUUGGCCCUGGAACGAAGAACUUGUGGAUUGAACGCAUCAAAUGCGGCCCUGGUCACGGCAUCAGCAUAGGAAGUCUUGAAAAGGACACGGAUGAGGCAGGGGUCCAAAAUGUGACAGUUAAGAAUGCUGUUUUUAUUGGUACCCAAAAUGGGUUGAGAAUAAAGUCAUGGGCUCGGCCUAGCAAUGGAUUCGUCCAAAGGGUUUGCUUUUUAAGAGCUAUUAUGAAGAAUGUCCAAAAUCCCAUUGUUAUAGACCAAAGUUAUUGCCCUCACAACAUCUGCCCUACUCAAGUAUCGGGUGUAAAAAUCAGUGAUGUGAUAUACCGACAUAUUCGAGGAACAUCUGUCACAAAGGUUGCAAUAAAAUUUGAUUGUAGCUCCAAGAACCCUAGCACUGGGAUUAGACUUGAAAAUGUCAAUUUGACUUGUCCAAACCAAGUGCCUGAAUCAUCUUGUAGGAAUGCAAUUGGGAACACCCUUGGCUUUGUCCAACCUAACAGUUGCUUGUUAUAA